GUGACCAGCAGCGCCCAGCUGGAGCGCCGUUAACGUGUAGAAAUAACAAUGUUAUUCUAGGUUUACUUCGUUCAAGAUUUGUAUUUGAAAGCAAGACAUUUGCACUAGAAAAGUAGCGUUUUUUCUUUAACUUUUUAAACUUUUUUUUACCCCAAAGAAGUAGCCUACCUGUUUUCAUUUUUUAAAAAAGGAUUUACACAGAAAAAUGAAGCCACGGAUUUUACUCACCUUCCUGACGUUUAUUGGUUCAUGUUUGUGUAAUGGAUCUGAGCUGGCUUUCCUUACGGAGCCCAGUGAUGUUAUCGCAGUACGGGACAGGCCAUUGAUGCUGGACUGCAGAGUUGAAGGCGAGGGUCCCAUUACGGUGACGUGGCAUAAGAACGGCGCUCCUCUGCUUCCAGGAGUAGGCAGUCGGGCGAAGAUCCUAUCCAAUGGCACGCUUCUGAUCCGCAGCUUCCAGAAGAGACGAGAUGGAGAUGCUACGGAUGCUGGAGAGUAUUACUGCGCUGCACAGAACCACUACGGCAUGCUGGUCAGCCGCAAGGCCCGUGUGCAGCUCGCAUCUCUUCCUAAAUUCCACACUCACCCAGAGUCCAUGUCAGUAGAUGAGGGAGGUGUUGCACGUUUCCAGUGUCAGGUCAGUGGUAUUCCUGAGGCCAACAUUACUUGGGAGAAGGACCGUGUUGUGCUCGGAACAUCUGAUGACAGGUACACACUUCUCCCAAUGGGUAUUCUGCAGAUUACAGGAGUUAAGAAAUCAGACGCUGGCGUCUAUCGCUGUGUUGCCACCAAUAUCGCCAACACCCGCUACAGCCAUGAAGCCUAUCUGAACGUAACCGGAGGUGUUCCCCGCACCUAUAAGGAGCCAGUCAUCCUGUCUGGCCCACAAAACCUCACCAUCACGGUCCAUCAGACUGCUAUCCUGGAGUGUAUCGCCACUGGAAACCCUCGCCCGAUUGUGUCAUGGAGCAGACUUGACGGCAGAUCUAUCGGAGUGGAGGGCAUACAAGUGCUUGGGACGGGGAACCUGAUGAUCUCAGAUGUCUCCCUUCAGCACUCUGGAGUAUAUGUGUGUGCUGCCAACAGACCUGGUACCAGGAUGAGGCGUACCGCAUUGGGCAGGCUGGUAGUUCAAGCUCCUCCAGAGUUCAUCCAGUGGCCGCAGUCUGUGUCUAAACCAGCAGGAGGCAGUGCUGUGUUCACAUGUGUGGCUCAGGGUGUUCCUGAACCUCAUAUCAUUUGGCUGAAGAAUGGAAAAAUACUCACACCAGGCGAUAAUGUGAAGCUCACUAACAAUAACAGCACCCUGGCCGUGACGCGCAUCACGUCGGAGGAUGAGGCCAUAUACCAGUGCAUCGCUGAAAACUCUGCCGGCACUAACCAGGCCAGUGCUCGCCUGGCUGUGUCCCUAGCCAAAGAGCUGCCCGAUUCGCCGCAGGGCCUGAAAGCCACAGCUCUGUCUAAAACCACCCUGCAGCUCUCCUGGACCCAGCCACCGGCUGAAAUCACAGACGGGAUCAUCGGAUACGUGCUGCAUAUCCGCAAAUAUGGCGAGCCUGAGAGUAAAGAACUACAGGAGGCCGUGAGUAAGACAACAUUUCAGCAUGACCUCACAAACCUUGAACCUGCGACCACCUACUCCAUCUACCUGAAGGCUUACUCUCCACUGGGUGCUAGUGAACGGUCCAGUACUGUUGUUUCCACAACACUAGGGGGUGUGCCCAGUCCACCUACAUUUUUCACCAAAGCAAUAAACACCACCGCAGUCCAGGUCCUGUGGGAGCUGCCCAAUAAGCCUGGAAAAACUGAGGGUUUCCGAUUGUCGUACCGCAGGGUCCCCCACGGAGAGAUCCAGGGGCCGAUUCAGUUGCCUUGCCAUGUUAACGCUCACACGAUUUCUCAUCUCGACCCUGGUGCUGUGUAUGAAGUCAAACUGGUGGCAUACAACGGCAAUGGAGAGAGCGACUGCUCAAAGAAACUCGUGUCGCUGGCUGAGGACGGAACUAGUGCUAAAACCAGAGCUGGAGAGGAAACUCAAUGUAACUGUAGGGGUGUAGAGAGUUCGGUGAGCAGCAUUGUGGUUGGCAUCCACAUUGGCAUGGCCUGCAUCAUUUUCUGUGUGCUCUUCCUUAUGUUUGGAUAUCGGCGCAGUUUCCUUUGUAGGAAGGGGACUCAGGACAGCUGGUCUGUACCACAGGGCGAAGAUGGAGGACAUCCCAAUGGCAUCCCUAAAGCGGCAGUAACACGACCUGCUCAAGGCAUUGAACUGGUUCCACAGGGUCAUAAUAUAGAUCGCCAGGCCCAGUGCCAGGUUCUUAUCGAGCAGCACUCAUCAAAUCUGCCAGGCACAGGCCCAGGCACAGGCACUGGCUAGCAUUAGCCUUUAGCUACCUUCUCCCUCCUUCUGGUUCCUCUGCCUAGCCUGCCCACCAAAGUCCCCUUUAGUCCAUAUUUAUCACGCCC